AUGGACUUCGUUAAGGGUGUUCUACUCAGUCUUUGUCUACCUUUUGCGCUCGCUCUUCCGGCCGAGUCUGUCGACAAUGACAAUACAUUGCACUCUUCCGCGCUCGGUUGCCCUGCUGGCUUGAAGAACGUCGUCUUCAACUCUGGAUACUCGCCUACGCAGUUCUCUCAGAUCCAGGGCGCUUCAAACUAUGUCACCUUUGGCCUUGGGAGUAACCCCGGACAGAUUCCAAUGAUGGCCUUUGCAUCCGAUGUCGCCAACGCUGUCAGCUUGGUCAACUCGCCCGAUGCCCCUGAGUUCAUGUUGACUUUCAACGAGCCCGAUUACUCGUACAUGGGCUUCACUCCGACCAUGACGCCGCAGCAGGCCGCUGAUGCCAUCCGGCCACUGCUUGCUUCACCCGGCACCAAGACCAAGUUCAUUGCCCCGGUUCCCGCCUACUGGAGAUCAAACUGGUUGUCAGACUUCUACGCUGCCUGCGGCUGUCAGAGCUUCUUUCACGCCUACAACAUCCACGUCUACCUGCCUACUCUCGAUGCGGCCAAGAGCGACAUCAGCAACUUCCGCAACAGGUUCGCCGACAAGCCCCUUUGGGUCACAGAGAUCGCGCCUGGCAAUGCCAAUCCACCGUGUUCGCUUGAAUGGCCCGCUGUGGAGUCUUACAUGAACGGCUUGUACAGCUGGGGUGCCUCGACAGGCUGGAUCGAGAAGAUCUUUUGGAAUACCGGCAACCAGAUCCCCGAUGACACAAACGUCUGCAACAGCUACCUGCUCGACAGCAACGGCCAGCCCUCGCCACUGCUGGCCGCAUUCUCGGCCGUCAACUGCUCCUGA